CAGCUCGGCCUCAGAGCCCGCGGGUCCCCCAGCAGCCGCCUCUUGCCCCCUGGUUCUAACUUAUUAACCUGCCCCCGUCGCCAUGGCCGACGCCGCCCUGUCCUUCGCCAAGGAUUUCCUGGCCGGGGGAGUGGCCGCUGCCAUCUCCAAAACAGCCGUCGCCCCCAUCGAGAGGGUGAAGCUGCUUCUGCAGGUGCAGCAUGCAAGCAAGCAGAUUGCAGCAGACCAGCAAUACAAGGGCAUCAUUGACUGUGUUGUCCGUAUCCCCAAAGAGCAGGGUGCCCUGUCCUUCUGGCGUGGCAACCUGGCUAAUGUGAUCAGAUACUUCCCUACUCAGGCCCUCAACUUCGCUUUCAAAGACAAAUACAAGCAGAUCUUUCUGGGUGGCGUUGAUAAAAGAACCCAGUUCUGGCGUUACUUUGCUGGUAACCUGGCAUCUGGUGGUGCUGCUGGUGCUACAUCUCUGUGUUUUGUGUACCCUCUUGACUUUGCCCGUACCCGUCUGGCAGCUGAUGUGGGUAAAGCUGGAGCCGACAGAGAAUUCAAGGGUCUUGGUGAUUGCCUGGUCAAGAUCUUCAAGUCUGAUGGUCUUAAGGGCCUGUACCAAGGCUUCAAUGUAUCCGUUCAGGGUAUCAUUAUCUACAGAGCUGCCUAUUUUGGCAUCUAUGACACUGCAAAGGGAAUGCUUCCUGACCCAAAGAACACCCACAUCGUUAUCAGCUGGAUGAUUGCUCAGACAGUUACUGCUGUUGCUGGUUUGACCUCCUAUCCAUUUGAUACUGUCCGCCGUCGUAUGAUGAUGCAGUCAGGGCGUAAAGCAACUGACAUCAUGUACUCUGGUACAAUUGACUGCUGGCGAAAAAUUGCCCGCGAUGAAGGGUCCAAGGCGUUCUUCAAGGGUGCAUGGUCCAAUGUACUCAGAGGAAUGGGUGGUGCUUUUGUCUUAGUAUUGUACGAUGAAAUCAAGAAGUACACUUAAGUAACUUCCGCGUGUGAACCGGCAUGUUGUAUUAUGUAACUUUGAUCAUUCAUGGACUGUCGAAACUGUAUCAAUUACAACUGGUAUCCAUACUGUUUGGCAAAGGGCAGCUGUCAUGCUCACCUGACCUCUGUCUUUAUCAAGUCAUUCCCCUGAUGAUGGGACUCAAUGUUUUUAUUUCAGGCACUCCUGUUUAAAUAACAAGUCCGAGGAAAUAAAAAAAAAAAAUCCAGAACCAA